ACAGGGAGCCUGAACGGACCGGAGGGGACAGCGCGAGCGCACAGGUGGCGGCCAUCGCCGGCGGCAGACGCGCGGGUGACAGGCUCGAGACGUUUGGUAUAAAAACCCUAGCGGGCGCGGAGGGAGCGGGAGACGGCGGAACCCAAAGUGACUCGUGAGGAGACGGUCGACCCAAACGCGAGGAGACGGACGUCAGGUUGUCACGGCGGCGUGCACCAGAGGAAGCUGUACCGAGAUCUCAUGGUCAACUACAACCGCCUGGAGAGACCGGUCCACAACGACUCGGCGCCCAUCGUGGUGGAGCUGGGCCUCACGUUGCUCCAGAUCAUUGACGUGGAUGAGAAGAACCAAGUGCUAAUCACCAACGCCUGGCUGCAGCUGUAUUGGAACGACAUUUACCUCUCAUGGAACCCAGAGAGCUACCCCGGGGUGCAGAACGUCCGUUUCCCCUCCAAUAUGGUCUGGGUUCCAGACAUCCUCCUCUACAACAGCGCCGACGAGAGGUUUGAUGCCACGUUCCAUACCAACGUCCUGGUCAACGCAUCGGGAUCCUGCCAGUACCUCCCGCCAGGCAUCCUGAAGAGCACCUGCUACAUUGACGUGCGGUGGUUCCCGUUUGAUGUGCAGAAGUGUGACCUGAAGUUCGGCUCCUGGACUCACAACGGCUGGCUGCUGGACCUCCAGAUGAUGGACGUGGACAUUUCCACGUACAUACCCAACGGAGAAUGGGACCUCGUGGGUGUGCCAGCUAAGCGCAAUGAGCUGUACUACGAAUGCUGUAAGGAGCCCUACCCCGAUGUGACGUUCACGGUCACCAUGCGGCGUCGGACGCUCUACUACGGCCUCAACCUGCUCAUCCCCUGCGUGCUCAUCUCUGGCCUGGCUCUGCUGGUGUUCCUGCUCCCCGCCGACUCUGGGGAGAAGAUCUCACUGGGCAUCACGGUGCUGCUGUCGCUGACGGUGUUCAUGCUCCUGGUGGCGGAGAUCAUGCCUGCCACGUCCGACUCCGUCCCGCUGAUCGCUCAGUAUUUCGCCAGCACCAUGAUGAUCGUCGGCCUGUCUGUGGUGGUGACGGUCCUCGUGCUCCAGUUCCACCAUCACGACCCGCACGCAGGGAAGAUGCCAAAAUGGGUUCGAGUCAUCCUCCUCAACUGGUGCGCGUGGUUCCUCCGCAUGAAGAAGCCCGGGGAGGAGACCAAAGCGGCCCCGGCGGCGUCCUACAAGUACUCCCACCCCCCGCCGCACCACACCAGCACCAGCAGCAUCCAGAUGAGCAGCAUCCCGGGCCCGGCGUCCGCCCCCGCCGCCGCCACCAACGGCGCCAUGAACCUCUACUUCGGCUUCCGCUCCAUGGGCACCGACAACCCCGCGUUCCCGCCCAGCGCCGACGCCUCCCCGCACAACGCGGGCUCGGAGCCGGCGCCGCCGGCGCCGCCGGCGCCGCCGCCGGAGAUCGGGCAGAUCCUGGAGGAGGUGCAGUACAUCGCCAGGCGCUUCCGGGAGCAGGACGAGGGCGAGGCCGUGUGCAGCGAGUGGAAGUUCGCGGCGGCGGUGGUGGACCGGCUGUGCCUGGUGGCCUUCUCGCUCUUCUCCAUCAUCUGCACCUUCACCAUCCUCAUGUCGGCGCCCAACUUCAUCGAGGCCGUCUCCAAGGACUUCACGUAGGCGGCCGUGAAGUGACAAGAUCCCGGUGUUUCGCGUGUCGGUUGCGAGUCACAGUAGUUCAGAGCCAAACCUCUCCCUCUAGGGUCACGCGUGUCCGUCUGAAGCUGAGGCAACAGGACGAAGGGGCUCACGCUCAUGCAGCGCCUCAUCAUUCACAGACGUAUGUACAGUGCUCACUGCUUCGUUCCCGUCCUUUAAGUCAACCUCUGUGUCGUCUUCUCUUCCUUUACUCGCUCCCUGACCUCAGAUUCAGUCCCACACAUGUGAAAGUCCACUUAAUAAUCAGUGACACCAUGAAUCUGUGCCGGUUACGUAAUGAUGAAGAAACCUCACAGCAAGUACUGACUGAAAGGCAAAACAUGCUGUUUUUUUAUUUUUUAUGGAUCCUGAGGUGACACGAGCCCGAUGAGAAGCUUUUGGUUUAUCUUUUUUAGAGAUGAGUGCUUUUUUUUCCUCUCUCUAAUACUAAAGAGCAGAGUUUUUUUUAUUUAUUUUUUUUUAUUUCCGUAAUCUCUGCUAACAUGCAGCACAGAUUAUUGGCUGACCUUAUGUAAGAGAUUUGUGUUCAACCUUGUUUCUUCUCACUGACCUACAGCAGCGUCCCCCUCUCAGCCGUGGUGUGAAUCCCCCAUGUUGUGCACACGAUAAACUCACUGACGACACACACUCGGCCCUUGGAUACAGCAACACUCGACCAGACGAUAAAAGAGAAACGCUGUUCUAUUGUUGGCUGGAAAGAGCCUCCAAGCAGCACUUCCCGGCACUCGUGUGCAAGUGCUGCUUGAUCUUGAUAAAGCUUUAUCAAUAUAUAAGCAGCAUUCAGUAAUCUUCACACUCAUAUACAUGUACUGUAUAUGCACAACCAGGGAUGUGGCGCCUCAGAUGUUAUUACUUUUACCAACUAUUCCACCGUCUGUGUGUUGUAUUGUUUACGGGAUAGCUAAUAUAAUCAGGUGGACAACUGUGGUUAGGAAACACAGAUUUUUAUUUUUGUACACAUUAAUCUGCGCUCAGCUCCAGUAGCAGCUGUGGCCAGUUCAGCUCAGUUCAUGUUGGCUUCUCGUUUGUUACCAUGUAUUUAUUUGUUCGUGCACGUUGUGUUCGUAGGUUGUGAGGUGCAGACAUCGCUGCAGGUUCAAAGCUGUGAUUGGAGAUGAUUGUCUUCUACAGUACACACAUGGGCUGACGUGGCAUUUAUUUAUGUAGUGCUGUAUUGUUCCUCUGUCAUGUUGACGCCUAAUCAGCAUAUUUUACGUGCGAGGCUUUGCCGACGCUUAUUUGUGGGAGCUUAAAGAAUGGAGGGUAGAAGACGUCCGGUGUUUCAACAAUCGGAGCUGUGACUGGCUCAAAAGACUGUGUCACACAUUCGAAGCGGUGUCAUGAAGGCGUCGCACACACUGUUCCUCUGUCUGUUUAAUCACUAGUGUUAUGAUUAACUCGACUAUGUUUUUCUUUGCGGUCGGAUUCAUUUCCUCUCGGAGGGUGUACAUAAGUGAUCAGUGUUCGUGACUCCUUUGAGAAAAAAUAAAGAGGACGUGUACUAAUUCCA